GAGCAGGGCGGUACGCGGACCGCGCAUGCGCCAGAGCGCCAGCGCUCUCCCCGGAUAGAGCGGGGCCCGAGUGUUUCGGCUGUGGAGGUUCGGCUCGCGCUAGCGUUCGCGUUCUUCCGCCGACAUGUCGGCCACCAUCGAGCUGGAGUUCGAGGACCUGGAUGCUCAGUGUCGCUGGCAGCCGUUAUACUUGGAAAUUCGAAAUGAGUCCCAUGACUAUCCUCAUAGAGUGGCCAAGUUUCCAGAAAACAGAAAUCGAAACAGAUACAGAGAUGUAAGCCCAUAUGAUCACAGUCGUGUUAAACUGCAGAAUACUGAAAAUGAUUAUAUUAAUGCCAGCUUAGUUGACAUAGAAGAGGCACAAAGAAGUUACAUCUUAACACAGGGUCCACUUCCUAAUACAUGUUGCCACUUCUGGCUCAUGGUAUGGCAGCAAAAAACCAAAGCAGUUGUCAUGUUAAACCAAAUUGUAGAGAAAGAAUCGGUGAGUAAUAUUUAAUAUUUUUGGUUUAUUGUACUGCAUGUGAUCAUUAGCUUAAAAUUUUCAUUUUGGAGGGUUAUGAAUUCAUUAGUUUGGGCCUUAAAUUGCUAAAGAUUAAUAUAUCAUUUUCCUUCCCUUUUUAUUAAAAUUUUUUCCCCUUUUAUAGCUUCAUGGUGCUACAUAUUCAUACUGUGCUACGUAAGGACAUUCUCAUACAAGUAUAAGUGAUAUGCUGAGCAGGUUCCCUACCAUUCCUCCCCUCUCCCCUCCUUUUAGCCUUUUAGCCUUUUGUUCUCUGGACAGUUUUACUUCUACUUUCAUGUCGUACAUACAUCCUACAUAUUAUACAGAUACAAAGAGAAAACACUAUAUUUGUCUCUCUGAGACUGUCAUAGCUCACUUGAUAUGAUUAGCUUCAGUUGCAUCCAUAUUCCUACAAGAGACAUAACUUUGCUCUUUAUGCUUGGAAAAAAGUUCCAUUUUGUAUAUGUACCACAUUUUAUCCGUUCCUUUGUUUUUGGACAUCUGGGUUGGUUCCAUAAGCUAGCUUUUGUGAAUAAUGCCACAGUAAACAUUCAUGUGUAAGUAUCUCUGUGAUAUGUUGACUUAAGAGAUCUUUGG